AACACUUCUCCCUCCGCAAUUCAUUCAGCCCAACCCCCCUGCAAUUAUUUAAUCAUUCCCUCUCUCUCUAUAAAUUAAUUCUUCAUUUUGGAUCCCUUUUUUCCCCCAUUCUUAGAUCUCCACUGCUUUCCCUCUCUUUUUUCCCCCAUUUCUUCUGCAGCAAUUUGAUAAUUGAUUGGAAUUUCUCUAGGCACUAUGGGGACUGUUGUUGAUGCUCCAAAAACUGUUCAGGUAGGUAAUGGAGAUGCACACACCAACAAGAAAGUCACCGUUGUUUUUGUACUUGGUGGGCCAGGCAGUGGCAAGGGAACUCAGUGUGCAAAUAUUGUCGAACAUUACGGUUACACGCAUCUCAGUGCGGGUGAUCUUCUCAGAGCCGAGAUAAAAUCUGGCUCUGAAAAUGGGACAAUGAUUCAAAACAUGAUUAAGGAGGGAAAGAUUGUACCUUCGGAGGUAACAAUUAAGCUUCUUCAACGAGCCAUAGAGGAAAAUGGAAACGACAAGUUUCUCAUUGAUGGUUUUCCGCGUAAUGAGGAGAAUCGUGCAGCAUUUGAGUCUGUAACUGGAAUCGAGCCAGAAUUUGUACUUUUCUUUGAUUGUUCGGAGGAGGAAAUGGAGAGGCGUCUGUUAAGUAGGAACCAGGGUCGAGAAGAUGAUAAUAUCGAGACUAUAAGGAAGAGGUUUAAGGUCUACAUGGAGUCUAGUCUUCCAGUGAUUGAGUAUUACAAUGCUAAGGGGAAGGUCAGAAAGAUGGAUGCUGCAAGACCGAUUGAAGAGGUUUUUGAGGCAGUGAAAUCAGUUUUCACCCCACCCUGUGACAAGGUUGCUGCUGCUUAAUGGUGCUCUACUUCACCCACCAUAUUAUACCAGAUUUCAGUUUCAAUUUUAAAAAAUAUAUACAACUUCAGGAUGCAAGCAUCACCGAUGCAUUCUUCAUCCGCAGGGGUUACGUUUUACCUUUGUCUUUUUUUAUUAUUAUUUGAAGAACUUGAGAAGCAUAAUUCGAUGAGGUUUCUGCCUAAAUAGUGUUAUAUCUAUUUUUCUUUUUAUUUUCUUGAUGGGGUUAUUGCCUCUAUAUGAAUUUUAUUGAUAGAUUGAAUACUCACCUAAUUUUGAUCUUCAUUUUAUUUUAU